GGCUCUGGGAGAGCAGCCUGCAGCUCUCUCGGCUCAGUGACCCUGGGUUCAGUGUCCCCCCCCCCCGUCCCCCACCCCCCCAUUCCUGUCUGCCUGCUCCUCCCCGAGUGGGACCGACAGCCACGUGGCCGGCUGUGUGUCUGCUGUCUGUCUAUCCCUGCUGCAGUGAUUGGUCCCGCCCCCCAGUCUCCUUCCUCUGUCUGUCUGGCAGCUGUGCGCAGGUCACCUGCUGGGAGCCCAGCUGCCUGUCUUGGGGACAGACAGGGCUGAAGACGGGUCUGCUGGGGGACCGGGGAAGGCUGCCCCGCUUCCUCGGACCCUCAUCUCCCACCUUCACGCGGAGGCCAGCUGCCACACCCAGGCACGCGGAAUGGAUUUCUGAGGGUGACCCUGAAGCAGCAGGCUCUCGGAGUCAGCAUGCAACGUGGCUGGGCUGCCCUCUUGCUCCUGCUGGUGCUCCAGGGCGGCUGGGGCUGCCAAGACCUCACCUGCUACACUGAUUACCUACAGACGGUCACCUGUGUCCUGGAGACCUGGACCCUGCACCCCUGGCUGCUCACCCUUACCUGGCAGGACCAGUAUGGAGAGCUCCAGGACGAGGUCACUUCCUGCAGCCUGCACAGGUCUGGCCACAACGCCACACACGCCAGCUACACCUGCCACAUGGAUGUGUUCCGCUUCAUGGCCGAUGACAUCUUCAGCGUCAACGUGACGGACCCAACUGGCAAUCACUCGCAGGAGUGCGGCAGCUUCAUGCUGGCUGAUAGCAGCUAUGGAAGAAGGUGUGGGUGCCAGUGCCCAGCCCGGAGCAGUUCUUCCAGCCCCUGUACCAAGGCCACAGUGGAGACUUCAAGAAAUGGGUGGGCACACCCUUCAGUCCCUCCAGCCUGGCUGAGGGACCCUGGGCCCCAAGGGUGAGCUCGGUCCUGGAGGUGCAGGACCACGAAGACCACUCCCUGCACAGUCCUGCCAAGGGCCCGGGACCUACGGAGCUGCCUGAGCCGGCAGGGCUGGAGACAGACGGGCCUGAGCCGGGCCCCACCAUGGCCAGCAGCCUGGGCAGCUCGGCUGACAGCCAGGAGAGGGACCGGCCAUACGGCGUGGUGUCCAUCAUAGACACGGUGACCGUGGUGGGCGCAGAGGGGCCCUGCACUUGGCUCUGCACCUGUGGGGACGACGGCUACCCAGCCCUGAACCUGGAUGUCAACUUGGAGGCAGGCCUGGAGCCCGAGGACCCGCCGGUGGGCUCAGCAACUGAGGCCCUCCCUUGCCACUGGGUCUCGGCCGGUGGGCCGGGGCUGGGCGGCUCUGGGAGUGGCCUCCUCGACAGGGUCAAGCUGUCCUUUGCCGGGGAGGAGCCCUGGGCCUCCAGCCCUCCCUGGCAAGGAGGGCCGCCUGGAGGCGUCCCCCAGAGUGAGGCGGGCUCACCGCCCGCAGGCCUAGACAUGGACACAUUCGACAGUGGCUUUGCGGGCUCAGACUGCGGCAGCCCCGUGGAGUGCGACUUUGCCAGCCCCGUGGACGAGGGGCCUCCCAGGAGCUACCUCCGCCAGUGGGUGGCCAUAGCCCCAGCACCUGCAGGCCCUGGGCCCCAGGCCAGCUAAGCGAGGCUGCGUGACCCUCUGGGGCUAGUCCCGCUGCUGGGCUGCUGGCCACAGGACAGGGAUGCCCUGGACUCCGGGGCUUGGCUGUGGACUUGGCCUCUGCCUGUCGGGACUGCUGGGGGACACAUCCACAUGCCUGCACGCCUGAGUGCUGUGUGUUUCCUGGGGGAGCACGCAGUGUGCCCAGGGCUGUGCCAGGUGUCCCGUGACCACACGGGUGUGAAUGGGAGUCACCCACUGCCACCAUACCCAGCCUCAGUCUGCAGGUCCCGCCUCCUGGAGCCCCUGGCAUAUCCCUACUCAUCGCAAGGGCAAGAGGAGGGAUAGUUUCAGUAGGGUUGGCCACCUGGUGGCCACCUGGGCUGUGCCACCUGGGACAGGCAUGACGCCCCGUCGGCCUCUGGGCCCGAGUUUCCCUGUCCCACCGCGGGGGACGUCGGAGCGCUGGUUCUGUGUAGUGGGCAGCCCCGAGACCACGUCAGCUUCCUGCCUUCCGCGCGGGCCGGGACCGGGGAGGUGCCGGAGGUGGGUGGGGGCGAGGAGCCCAGGCAGCCGCAGCAGCCUGGGCGCGCGGGACUGUCCCACCUCGCACAGGGCCACAUGGGGGGUUUCCAAGCUGCACAGCCGGCCGCCUCGUCUCUAAAAACAGCCCCUCGCCCACCAAGGUUUCCUUUGCUGUCGCCUAUUUAAAAAAAAAAAAAAUCCCCUAUCUGCACAGGAGAAAA